AUGCCUCGUGUCACCUUUUCUGCUGAUUAUACACAUCGUCCGUCGUCCAUUGAUUCAUUACCGAUUAGUGACUAUCAUCUUCAUCAGCCAUAUCGUCAAUCAAAUAACAAUUCUGGUAGCAGUACAAAAGAUGAAAACCAAAUGAUAUUGUCACCUAAUAUUAUAGAUGAAAUAUUAACACGAAAACUGUAUAAACAAAUGCAAACAACUCCACCAUUGUCAGAACAAAAAUUACCAACAAUUUAUUCCGGUGCGGGUGAUAAUCAAUAUAACGAUGUUCCAGUUCAAAAUUAUCCAUAUUUCGAUAAAAAUAAGAGCAAACCACACGCGCCAAGAAAUUCGGUGCAACAAAUAUCAGCAGCGGCAGCAAAUGUGGAAUUGCCUCGUGUUGUCAACUCAAUGAAAUAUCCAUCACCAUUUCUUAUGGUUCCGUCAAUAAAACAAAUUCGUUUAAAUGUAAAAAAUGGUCAUGAACAACAACAAAUCCCAUAUCUAACACCACUGUUUUCAAAUUUCCCAGUGAAAAGUUCAAUGUAUUUACAUCAGGCAACUCCGUCAGAAACAGCAAAAUUAAAAACUAACGUUGAUCAUGAGCUUUGCGAUCUAAUUGAUCGUUUUUUAAAUUUAUCUUAUCUGAAUACAAUUCCAAUAAUUAAUUUACUAGCAACAGCAUAUGCCACAAAUUUUUUACAACAAAAUAUUAAAGAAUUAGAUGGUGAAUUAUUAGGAGUUCGACAACAACAAACAAUUAAAUCAUAUAAAAUUCCCGAUGUUACAACUGCAUCUUUUCAAAAUAACUAUAUGGUUCGAACGAUGUGUUACCUUGAAAAAGAUGAGGAUAAUAUUAGUUGUUUUUCAGUUUAA